AUGUCUGAUGCACCAGAGUCGCUUCGGGCUCCCUUGCAGGAGCUCGACAAGAGUCUCAUGAAAGACGAGAUAUCUCAUGAUGAUCUUGGGCCGACUGACAGUCAUAUUCUAUCCCAGGUAGAGCCUGAGGAGGAGGCCAAGGGACUUGCGCAGAAAGCCGGAGUCACCAAUAAGGUCUCAGACAUUGGCUGGGGGGAGUCCGAUGAGAUCGAGGAGCGGAUAGUGACAGGAUUGUCCAACGAGGACCUCUGGAUGCUGAUCAGGCGUUUUAACAAGCAAAUAUAUUGUGUGAAAGCUGUGCCCAACGCCCCGUUACAGAGACUAGAUCUCAAUCGCGCGGAAGAUGAGAACUUCUCUCCAGAUAAGCUACGUGCUACUUUGGAACGAUUCUACACGACUGUAAUUAUUGGCUUGACGAAUUUUGUCAAGCACAUUGCCAGGCUCCGUUCAUGGAGAGAGCCUCGGCGGACUUCGGCGUUUUGUGCGGUGUACUUUACAGCCUGGCUUUUGGACUUCCUCGUCCCGGCCUUCUUUGGUACACUUCUCCUUCUUGUUGUCUGCCCCAAAUCUCGAAAACUGCUUUUUCCACCUGCGCCAAUCGCCUUGGUUGACACUGCUACCGGUGGAGUACAAAAGCCGAAAGCAGGCGUGCUCGGCUCGCAUAACAGCGUGACUGGAGCUCCCGAGAAGUUCAAAGGUGAAGCAGCUGAACAAGAAGCCAGUAAUCUGAUCGCCAGCGUUGCUACAGUUGCGGUGGGAAGCGCCGCCGGCAAACACGACCAGGGAACUCCUGAGGACGCUCCUAUGGAGUCAUCGGUCCCCGACGCAAUGGACAUGGUUUCCAAGACCGCAGACGCGCAAGCUGCUGCCGCCGGCGAGGUGCCGGCCGAUUCCCACGACAAAACUAGACAACCCAUGAGGGAUACGGUAUUGAAUGCGGCCAACCAGUCGAUGCGGGUGCUCAGUGACGUCGUUGAUACUUAUGAGCGGCUUGGCAAUGCCCUUUCACCAGUUCCCCCUUUCUCUGCUACGACCCCCUGUUUACGGCUAUCGGGUGUGCUCGUAUCCGGGCUCUUAGCAUCCUUGUUGACACCGAGCUACGUUUUCAUCAAGCUCAGUACCUUUUUUGUCGGACUUGGCUUCUUUGGAGAUCCGAUCCUCCAGCGUGCAAUGGUGUACAUGAACCACGAAUUCCCGCAUUGGCAGAGAAUCCUGGAACUGCAAAACUCCCUUCUGAAGGGCAUUCCCACCAACGCUCAGCUCACCCUGACCCUCCUCCGCAUCGGCGAAGCCAACGACGCGCCUUUGCCGCCUCCCCCCUCAAGCUCUCUCCACAAAGCGCCGUCGAGUGCCGCCUCGCUCAACCAUGAACAACUGACUCUCGGGGCGACCGAGGAGGAGAUCGACCGCGCCGCAGCACCCGCGCCAGGCUCACAGCCCCCGGAAGCGCCAACGGCUGCCGAGCCACCGAAGAAGAAGAACCUCGGCUCCCGAAUCAUCGGCUUCUUCAAGGGCUCCACGGCGACCGGAAUCGAAACGAAGCUGGCGGUCGAUCGCGUCCGCGCACACGCGGGCUCCAACCAAGCCAAGAACCACCUCGGCAUCCUCCGCAAAAAAGGCGAGGAGACCCUGCCCUACGGCCCCGUCGAGUUCGAUGCCAGAUACAAGGGCAAACACGGUACGGUAGUCAUCGACUCCACCCAGAAACCGCCACUGCUGUACUUCACGACCGACCCCAGCGUGGUGCAGGGCGACUACAGGCUGGAGAGCCGGAAGAAGGGCACCGUGCUCUUUUCCAUCCCCGUGACGGAGAUCCACGAGAUGCGCAAGAUCGGCGGCAUGGGCUGGAAGGGCAAGCUGGUUGCGGGCUGGGCUGUUGGCGGCAAGGAGGUCGUGGAUGGUCUGGUUAUCACGGGGACGCGGCUGGAUGAGGCGUAUCAGCUGACGGCGUUGACCACGCGGAAUGAGCUGUUUAAUCGUCUGGUUGCCAUUGAUGGACAGGUUUGGGAAAGCUUCUGA